AUGAGCAUUGCUUAUUUGGAUCCAGGAAAUAUUGAGUCAGAUUUGCAGUCAGGAACUGUUGCUAGAUACAAACUUCUCUGGGUACUUCUUAUGGCUCAUAUUCUUGGCUUCUUUCUGCAACGGUUAUCGGCUCGUUUGGGUGUCGUUUCAGGGAAAAAUAUGGCGGAAAUGGCCUACGAAUUUUAUCCAAAGGUUCCUCGUCUUUUUCUUUGGUCAAUGAUUGAAAUUGCAAUUAUAUGCAGCGACAUGCAAGAAGUUAUAGGUACAGCAAUUGCUUUUUCUUUGCUUUCUAAUGGAAGAAUUCCUCUAUUUGUUGGUGUUUUAAUCACAAUGGUUGACACCUUCACUUUUUUACUUAUUGACCGUUACGGGUUUCGAAAAUUGGAAUUUAUUUUUGCCCUUUUAAUUGCUACAAUGGCUAUAACUUUUGGAUUUGAGUUUUUUGUUGUAAAACCAGACAUUGUUGAUUUAAUUUCUGGCACUUUGCUCCCUUAUUGCCCCGAUUGUGGCAGAAAAGAAUUUUUACAAGCAAUAAGUGUUGUUGGAGCAGUUAUAAUGCCACAUAACCUUUAUUUGCAUUCCGCUCUAGUAAAAAGUCGUAAAAUUGAUAGAAGUCAACGCAGAAAUAUUUCAGAAGCAAAUCUUUACUAUUUUAUUGAAUGUGUAAUUGCUCUAACUUGCAGUUUCUUUAUAAAUCUUUUUGUUGUUUCUGUAUUUGCUCAUGGACUUUAUGGAAAAACGAAUGUUGAUAUUUUCAAAAGUUGCGAAGGUCAAAGCACAAUUCCCGACAGACAACUUUUUCCAAACAAUACAGACCCUGUAGAGGCUGAUAUUUACAAAGGAGGAAUUUUUCUGGGUUGUCAAUUUGGACUGACUGCUCUAUAUGUUUGGGGUGUUGGAAUUAUGGCUGCUGGUCAGAGUAGUACAAUGACAGGCACAUAUGCUGGUCAAUUCACCAUGGAAGGCUUUUUACAAAUCAAAUGGCCUCGUUGGAGGAGAGUUUUAUUUACCCGUUCAAUAGCAAUUGUGCCAACAUUAUCUCUUGCCUUAAAAACCCAAGGAGUGCAGAAUUUAACAGGGAUGAAUGACUUGUUAAAUUGUGUACAAAUGAUUCAACUACCUUUUGCUUUAUUACCAAUAAUUACAUUUACUGCACAUCGAAAAAUAAUGUUUGAUUUUUGUACAACAUUAACUGGACAAGUUUGA